GACGGGGAAUGUGCUGUGCAAUUGAAUUACAGUUGCCGAACGGUGGAAAACAAGUGACAAACACGUUCGUUCAAUAGAUUUUCGUGCCGUUUUCGCCUCCGGUUUCAAAGUGUGUGCGUGUGCGAAUCUGUGGGUUGAAGAAUGUGACCGCAGCGUCUGGGUUGCCGUGUUUCGGUGGUGCAGAUCGUGGAUAAUUGCUGAAAAGUUCUCCCAGCUGUACCGAACGGCGACAGACAGAAAUAAAAUGAAUUCUACCACACUUGUCUAGUUUUCGUUGUCGCCAAAUUGUUGUUUGAAAGUCGCAAAAGUUCAGAGUUUAGAGCAGAAUAUUUUAGAAAGAAAAAAUUGCAAAGGUGAAGGUAAUCCCACUUCAACCCAGGAUCGUCACCAACGUUACUUGCUUGAAAAGUUCAUUUGGAGCUUUUCGUACAGAGCGCCUUGCGUGUGUGAGUGUGUGUGUCUGUUCGUGCAUUUUGUAGAGCGCAAGGGUCUCUACGUAUGUGUGUUCGCGUAUGUGCGUGUUUUGAUAAAUUUGGGCGAAAUUCGUGUAUGUGUGUCUCGUAAAUGUAGGCGCCAGUCACCGUGCUGUAAAUGUGCUUUAUGUGUGUGUUUGUGUAAAAAUGGUGUGUCAAUCGUUACAAAAGCAAAAGAAGGCGGUGAAGUAGUGCAAAUUUGUUCCCCGUUCUCUCCCAACAUCCCUUUAACACCCGAACCCCUAGCAGCACACCAGUGUUAGUAAAUGUGUACCCUUCCCUUUCCCACGCUUCCCGCUCCUCUACCACUUGCCGGAUGUAGAGAAGGAGAGAGUGCAUGGAGUGUGUUGGUAAUAUCAGUUGUUGUUAAAAUGUGCAAAGUGAGCCAAUGCUUGAAGUGAAAAUAUUUUCAAAAUUUGUAUCCGCAUCGAUAUUGCUCAUCUAAAGUUACUGUAUAAUUUUCACCGAGAAAAUUCCGCUCACUCGCCAGAGAAUGCAAUAAAAGGAGAGCGGGUGCUCUUAAAAAGCCGAUAGUGUAAAGGAGGCCAUCCGAGAGCAAGAGAUUGUGGUCUGUUGGUUUAAACAGUGCGCGACCAGUAGCGGCGACUGUUGCGGGCCGACUGUUGUGAGAUUCGUUGCGGGGAAAAGUGUCCUUGGGUGUUGAAAAUCUUAAGCCCUGCCAUCGCUGAUGCGCCCAUCGAACCGGUGAUCCUAACUUUCGGUCAUCCAAUCCUCACUAGGCGUCCGUUGUGGAAAGCACUGGUGGACGGCGGCCGUGAGAACGAUGGCCACCCACCAUCUGCACGGGGCGCUUAUCGCGCUGGUGUGCGUGCUGUGCUACCACAACAGUCUCAACUGUGGCUUCGUGUUCGACGACAUCAGCGCUAUCAAGGAGAAUCGAGAUCUGCGACCACACUCCUCGAUCAAGAAUGUGUUUCUCAACGAUUUCUGGGGCACACCGAUGUACAAGGAACAGAGUCAUAAAUCAUAUCGACCGCUGUGUGUCCUAACGUUUCGCUGGAACUAUCUGCUGCACGGACUGGAACCGGCCGGCUAUCAUCUGGUCAACGUGCUGCUGCACACGAUCGUUUCGCUGAUGUACUUCCGAAUGUGCGCCAUGCUGCUUUCGGAAACGGCCAGCUUUGCGGCAGCUCUAUUGUUUGCUGUACAUCCGAUCCACACCGAAGCGGUGACCGGUGUCGUCGGACGGGCGGAAACACUCUCGUCGGUGUUUUUCCUGGCAGCGUUCAUUUUCUACACGAAGGCUACCAGGCGGAAAAAAUCCACAGGUUGGCGAUUCCUUUGUCUUUCCAUGCUGUUUGUUGCGACGGCUAUGCUUUGUAAGGAGCAGGGCAUCACCAUAACGGGCGUGUGUGCAAUCUAUGAAAUCUUCGUCGCCCAAAAGAUACGACUCGGUGACAUCUACCAUCUGGCGCGCUCGAUGAUGAGCGGGAAAACGUUCGCCCUGCCGACGGGCUGGUGGCCCCACGAAGCCUCCCGCCGGCUUGCCGUCCUGUGCGUUACCACCGUGGCCCUGCUAUUUGCCCGGCUGCAGAUCAUGGGCUCCCAGCUGCCCGUUUUUACCAGAUUCGACAAUCCAGCCUCUGUAGCGGUAACACCAGCCCGGCAGCUGUCCUACAACUAUCUCGUCUCAGUCAACCUGUGGCUGCUACUGUUCCCUUGCGAUCUUUGCUGCGACUGGACGAUGGGAACGGUACCGCUGGUAGAAUCGUUUACGGAUCCACGCAACCUGGCCACGCUCGGGGCAUACAGCCUGAUAGGUGUGCUGGUGUGGGUUGCAUUCAUCGAGAACCAUCGGCAAAAGUCUGCCGUGGUUGUGAUGGGACUCGCAUUUAUGAUCCUUCCGUUUUUACCCGCAUCAAAUCUCUUCUUCCCGGUGGGCUUCGUCAUUGCCGAGCGCGUCCUGUACAUGCCCUCGAUGGGUUUCUGCAUGCUGGUCGGGUACGGAUUCCAUAUACUCUCGGAACGCUGGUCACGCAAAAUGACCUGGUGUUGUCUCGGUGUGCUGCUGCUUACCCACUCCAUCAAGACGUACAACCGGAACGCAGACUGGGAGUCGGAGUACUCCAUUUUCAUGUCCGGACUGAAGGUGAACCAGCGCAACGCAAAACUGUUCAACAAUGUGGGCCAUGCGCUCGAGAGUGAGGGGCGGUUCGAGGAAGCACUACAAUUUUUCCACAAAGCCGUCAGCGUACAGGAGGAUGACGUCGGGGCGCACAUUAACGUCGGUCGUACGUACAACCAUCUGAAGAUGUUCAAGGAGGCGGAACAGGCGUAUCUGAAGGCAAAAUCAUUACUGCCGAAGGCAAAACCGGGCGAAUCAUACCAGGCACGCAUUGCUCCGAACCAUCUAAACGUGUUUCUAAAUCUCGCCAAUCUUAUCUCGAAGAAUGCGACGCGCCUGGAAGAGGCGGACCUUCUCUACCGACAGGCGAUCAGCAUGCGCUCCGACUACACGCAAGCCUACAUCAAUCGGGGUGACAUUCUGAUCAAGCUGAACCGCACGAAGGAAGCGCAGGAAGUGUACGAGCGGGCGCUUCUGUACGACAGUACCAAUCCGGACAUUUACUACAAUCUUGGAGUCGUUUUUCUGGAACAAGGUAAAGCGUCCCAGGCCUUGGCAUACCUCGACAAGGCGCUCGAGUUUGAUCCCGAACACGAGCAAGCAUUGCUUAAUUCGGCUAUCCUGCUGCAAGAGUUGGGCCGGCCAGAGCUACGAAAAAUAGCACGUGAACGUCUACUGAAACUGCUGGCGAAGGAUGAAACGAACGAACGAGUCCACUUCAAUCUGGGUAUGCUAGCCAUGGAUGAUCGCAACACGGACGAAGCAGAAAAUUGGUUCCGCCGAGCUGUGCACCUUAAGCAGGACUUCCGUAGCGCGCUGUUCAACCUGGCACUGCUGCUAGCUGACGAUCAUCGUCCACUUGAGGCGGCUCCCUUUCUGAACCAGCUGGUCAAGUAUCACCCGGAUCACAUCAAGGGAUUAAUUCUGCUCGGUGACAUCUACAUCAAUAACAUCAAAGAUCUGGAUGCAGCCGAAAAUUGCUACAAACGCAUCCUGCAGCUGGACCCGAUUAACAUCCAGGGCUUGCACAACCUGUGCGUAGUGUACGUGGAGCGGGGCAAACUGUUACAAGCGCAGGAUUGCCUCUCCCACGCCCACGAGCUAGCACCGGGUGAGGAGUACAUCGGCCGACAUCUUCAGAUCGUGCAAACGCGCAUCAAUCGUCUGCGACAGUCGCCGGACGGAAGUCGGGAGAAGGAAAUUGCCUUUGCAGACUAUGAUCCGCAGGAGUUUGGUGGCCGUGCCGGCCGUACACUGUCAUCCGAUAGUGUCGACCUGUUGCCGUCGCUUGGCAAUAGCAUUGUAAAUAGUAAUAGCGAAGAACCGAAUGGCCAAGAGGGCGACCUGUCGAAAGAAGAUGCCGAGGUUCCGUUCGGUUACGAUAAUAAGAAGAAAACAGUAUUACCUCACCAGCAGCUAGAGCCACAGGCUGCACCGCUUCCAGCGGACGAUGAUCCGGUGUUUCUCGAGUCGGAUAACACAAACAGUCCACAAAGUUUUGCAGCAACGGUAGGAGACAGUAUAGCACACGAUUCGAAGCACCACCGUACCGACGGUAGCAGUAGUGGCAACCAUGCUCCAACAGCUGUCCAUCGGGAUGAUGGUGUGCCUUCGGUGAAGCGUGCCGAUGUCAGCCAUCCUCCAUCCGAUGGUUCCCUUCAUCAUGCUCAUCCCGCGCAGCAGCAUCUGCAUCGACCGAAAACGAUCGGACAGGAUCUGGACGAUCCAUCGUCCGGGAUGUCAUAGCAUCACAUUCUUGACUACAAGCUUGAUUGUUUCAAAAUCAACUAGGACUACUGCACCUCCCCGCAAGAACUAUCCUUGUAAAUAGGUAGCCGAAAACGGACGAGCAGCGGGACGAGUGAAGCAAAAACGAAGCAGCGUAGGUGUGAGGUAAGAUAGUGUAUGUGUUCCUAUCGGAAAUGGACUGCGAAAGACUAACUUUUGACUGAUUUGUUAAACCAGAACUAACAGCUAAGCCACUUCAAAACCAGAUCUCACAAAGAUCGUGCAAAGAUGGAAGAUGAAGCUGUGCAUUGAAUGCACUGUUCGGGGCACUGUGGGUGAGAAUGCCGCACGAGGCAAAGGGAACGAUUCUGAAAGCCGAAGGAAAAUCCUUCCUCUGUUUUGUUCUCGUUUUGUUGCAUUUUCAGGUAGCAAAUUGUUAGCAUCGAUUGUCGUACGAAUGCGGUUUGGAGUGAAUCAGUGCAUCUGUAUGCAAUUGUACGAAUGCAAGUAUGUGUGUAUGUGUGCGUAAUUUGUUAGGAAUGAAUGUUGGAAACACAAAAAAGGAUAUUUUCUAUAUAUACAACCAUAAAUGUGAAUGCGAGAGUCGUGUAGUUUGAAAUGGAUUUCUCUCCUGGAGAGGAUUGUUAGCUUGUACAGAAUGGUAGCAGACGGGCAAAAGUUGUCGAUUUGUGCAAUGUUGGCCUUGGAACGCUGGUGAGAGUGUUUGCAAACUUAAAACAAAACAAAAGGUCCCCGCAACCUGUGUAGAAUAUGCGGAGGUAAUCGGACAUGGUGAACUGAUAAGAAAUUAAGUUUUCUAUCGAUUUACACACAUCCACUCGGUGGAUGUAAACAGAACAAAAAAGAAGAAGAAAAACAAACCGAACCGUGCUGAAAGCUUUCAUUGUUCACCGAGUCGAAAAAAAACGAUUCCAAUACUACCGUCGCUGCGCGGAGUCAUUCAACCAACGUCGAUUCGCAAACUACCUAAAUCGGGGUGAAAAGGAGAGUUUUGGUGUACAGCCCCCGUAUCUAGCAGAAAAAAAAAUUAGUAAAGAAAAUUAUGUAUUUAUAGACACACAGAAAUUCACACACCCAAUAGAGCUUUAAAGAAGCCCAACAGAAAACACAAACUCAUUUAUAGAGAAGACUUUCAAUCACCCAUCAGACAUUUACGGUCCCCGUCUCGUCUUCUGGUAGUGUUAUGUGCAUUAUUUUCUGGAUGUGCGAAAACGUUUGAUAACAACACAGUAUCGCAAAAACACACGCACACAGAAACAAAAACAAAGUUGUGUCGAUCACACACUAACUAAACAGACCCCCGAAUUAGUUUUUUUUUUUUUCAUAUCUCGUUCCGGCUUAAAAUUGAUAUUAAACGUCUGAGAGAUUUAUGAGUGUGUAUGGCCCGGGUGUAAGAGAAAGCAAAUAGUGUUACAGUAUGCGCGCGUGUGUGUGCCUGGACUGAGAGAGCGGAAGGAGCAAAAGUUUAGCAAAUUGAGGCGCGGAUGUUGGAAAGUUGUAAAGCAAAACUCUUAUUACGAUGUAAAAACAAAGAUUCACAAUUGAGAUAACAACGUGAGCGAGGCUGGGAUGUGUGAGAUGGCUGCAGAAAGCUAAUUAGUACUAGAGAUGUUCCGGAGCAGUACACCGGAAAGCGUGUAUAAAGAGGUUCAGAGAGUGGAAAGUAAAGGACAAUGUGAUUAUAUAGAAACUACAACAUAAACAUAGAAUGAAAAACAGAACUGGUGAUGGGAUAGUACUUAACUGUAUGCCACAUUUUCCAUUAAACUUUUUUUCCCCUACAAAUAUGUAUUUACCUUUAUUAGUGAACAUCGUUUACAAUUUUAAGCACAUUCCAUUUGCAUUUAUUUUGAUUCAAACUCCUUUACACAAACAAACAAAAAAACCUUUAGCCGUAUAUUAUGGCCGCGAGAGCGGCGUCGAUGUUGGGUAUAAUUACUAUAACUAGGAUUUGGUUUACGGAACAGAAUCUCCAUUCCUUUCCUAUUUCCCUAACAAUGAAACCGGCACAUCGGUUUGCUCGUCGAGUGUGGAUUGUUCUCAGCAUUGGAAUCAAUCGACCCAUCGAUGCAAUCCGAUGCACGUGGUAGAUUUAUGAAGAAGUAUUUGUCCUGAAUAAAAACUCACUACAACCGA